ACAGGCGAGUAGACGCGCUAACACACACACACGCGGGAGGGGGGGGGGGGCGAGAGAGUCGGGCCGCCAGCGCACAAACAUGCCGCUCGCCUCGCUCCACUUUGUCAAGUUGUGUUCGUUCGAGCCUUGACGGGGAUCGGCAUGCCCAGCGCCAGCGUGUCCGUGCGGAGUUUGUCCGAAGUGGAGAAAGGCCUCGGCGGCCGGCCGGACCGGAGCGCCGACGACGGCUUUCUCGGCCUCCCGACGACAAUGACCAUGCGGCGAGGUUCCUCGGAGAACAACCUGGAUCCGGAGGCGGAGCCGGAGCCGGACGACGGCGUUCCCUCUCCGUCGGAGUUGUGGCGCAGCCGCUCCUGCUUGGACAACCUCCAGCAGAAGAUCCUGAAGGUGACGGAGCAGCUGAAGAUCGAGCAGGCGGCGCGGGACGACAACGUGGCCGAGUACCUGAAGCUGGUGAACGGCGCCGACAAGCAGCAGGUGGGCCGCAUCAAGCAGGUCUUUGAGAAGAAGAACCAGAAGUCGGCGCACAACAUCGCCCAAAUGCAGAAGAAGCUGGAGCAGUAUCAGCGCAAGAUGAAGGACGGCGAGCUCCAGCGCGGCCCCCCGCCCCAGGCGGCCGGCGCCAAACACAGCACCAUCCCCAGGGAGUCCCGCCGCGAGCUGCUCGGGGACGUGACGGGCAGCGGCCGCCACCCGACCAUGGACAAGAUCAAGACCAUCGGACCCGGCGUCUCCCUCUCGCCUCCGUUCUUCUUCAGCAAGCCCAGAGGAUUCGCCAACCUCAUCAGGAACAAGUUUGGCAGCGCCGACAACAUUGACCACAUGAAGGCGGACGCCGCCGCCCCGCGGCCGGACGAGGCGGCGGCGGGGGCGGGAGCGCCGGCGCCGGCGUUGCCCCCGACCAGGGCGCUGAGCAGCAGCGCUUCGCUGGCGGCCGGGCCCAAGUACCCCAGCGACGACGAGUGCUCCUCGGGGAGCGCCGACAGUAACGGGCUGGCGCGGGGGCGGGGGCAGGGGCGGGGCCGGCCGGCCGAGGGCGACGCGCUGGCGACCGGCCUGGCGGAGGCCAAGCUCAUUAAAGACGCGCAGAAGCAGCUGGAGGAGGACGUGGAGGCGGUGAAGGCCCGCUUGGCCAGGGAGCUCGGCGUCAUCAGCCAAACGCUGCAGGAGGAGCGCUACAGGUACGCGCGGUUGGAGGACCAGCUCAACGACCUGACGGAGCUUCACCAGCACGAGAUGACGGACCUGAAGCAAGAACUGGCCAGCGUGGAGGAGCGGGUGGCCUACCAGGCCCAGGAGAGAGCCCGCGACAUUCAGGAAGCUCUGGAGUCGUGCCAGACGCGGGUGACCAAGCUGGAGUUCCAGCAGCAGCAGCAGCAGACGGCGCAGCUGGAGAGCGGCGACGCCCGCGUCCUGCUGGGCCGCAGCAUCAACAUCAUGCUGGCCCUGGUCACCGUGGUCCUGGUGUGCGUCUCCACCGCCGCCAAGUUCGCCGCCCCGCUGGUCAGGAGCCGCCGGCACCUGGCGGCCACCGCGCUGGCCGUCUGCUUCCUGGCCGUCUUCUGGAAGAACUGGGAGCGCCUGCUGCUGCCGGCGUAGCCGCCGAAUGAUCAAAGCGCCCCCACGUACGCUGCCGGGUCGCCCUUUUGGAAAAAGCUCUCAAAGAGCCUCGUCGUAGGCGCGGCCUCAAGCGCAAAGUCUUGAUUGGGGCCGCCUAACAACUAAGUGCCGCUUCACCGCGUUUGCUUCGGCCCCUUGGACCAAAAAAACAUGGACACCGACUGGACAAAACAUUAGGUACGCGCAAGUCGCUCCGCCUUUGCGGCGGCAAGCGUAAAUGGCUUGAAACGGUCGCCUUUUCUCAACGGCGGCGACGAGACCUGACCUCGGAUCGCGCGGUCCAAAAUGGCGGCCGAUCGCGUGGUUUUCACAUGACGCAAACGCAACGCCGGUCGCCGUUGCGCCACGUCGUCCGGGCGCGCCGCCUUAUGCGGACUCGGCAAACGCAGGCACGACUUGGAGCCGCGCAAUCCGAGCAUCUUUGGACCGUCUCGGAAGCCAUCGAGAAAAUGGGAGUUCCCCAGGGAUCGAUCCUCGGCCGCCCCAAAAUGUGAAGCCAGCCUUCUUUGUCACCGUAAAAAAACAUUUUUGAUGCGUUCUAAUUUGCACACGGGUACCUGAUGAAGUGUCGUUUCUCUCACUGUAACAUUUGCACAUAUUUAAAAGAAUAAAUCAAUCAAUGAAAUGGACCAACUUCCUGCACGCCUGCCAAAAGUA